ACUUUGCAGAGAACCGUCUGAAGCUGGCUGAGAUCCUCUACUACAAGAUCUUGGAGAACGUCCUGGUUCAGGAGAACAAACGGCUGCACGGCAAAGACAUGAGUGUGUUGUUGGAGCAGGAUAUCUUCCACUGCUCCCUGAUGGCCUGUUGUCUGGAGGUGGUGUUGUUCUCCUACAGCUCCCAGAGAACCUUCCCCUGGAUCAUCAACAUCUUCAAACUGACUCCAUUCUACUUCUUCAAGGUGAUCGAGGUGUUCAUCCGCUCAGAAGAAGGUCUCUCCAGAGACAUGGUGAAGCAUCUGAACCUCAUUGAGGAGCAGGUUCUGGAGAGCAGAGCGUGGAGCGCAGACUCUGCCCUGUGGAGUGCCUUGCAGGCUGCUGGGAACAGGGUCCCCAUGGUGGAGGAGGUGAACUUUCCCUCCAGUCUGGACACAGGUUCUGGUCCUGGUCCUGGUUCUGGUUCUGGUUUUCAGUCUCACCUGCCUCUGGUCGCCCUCUCCCCCAUCAUCCACCCCCGCAUCAGGGAGUUCAGGUCCGGUCUGGGCAGCGCUCGUAAAGAUGUUCCUCCGUCUCCGUUGUCGGUACACGACCGCUACAGCUCUCCGGCAGCUGGCAGCGCUAAACGUCGUCUGUUCGGAGACGAUCCUCCGGUCCGGUCUAUAGGCGUGACCCCCGGCAGCCCGAUGACAUCGCCGGCCAAGAGGUUGAUGUUCGGCUCCAGCAGCACUCUGAGGAUCGGAGCUCAGGGAGGCCAGACCACCGUCCUCAGUAUCCCGCUGCAAGGUGUGAAUAACGAGCGCACCAUCACACUGAUCCCGUUUCAGCCGUGUGACUCCUCCGGUACGAUCACGGCUCAGUUCCUGCUGACCUCGUCACCGAGCAGAGUCACCGCCCCCCCCACCACCGCUGACCCCCAGACGGGAACCGGACGACCGAGACGCACCGGAUCACUCGCUCUGUUCUUCAGGAAGGUGUACCACCUGGCCAGCGUGCGUCUCAGGGAUUUGUGCGUGAAGAUGGACAUCUCGUCGGAGCUCCGAGGGAAAAUCUGGACGUGUUUUGAGCAAUCGCUGGUCCACAGUACUGGUCUGAUGAGGAACCGACACCUGGACCAGCUGCUGCUGUGCAGCGUGUACAUCAUCUCCAAAAUCACCAAAGAGACUCACAGCUUCCACGACAUCAUGAAGUGUUACCGCAGCCAACCACAGGCCAGCAGCCAUGUGUACCGCAGUGUGCUGCUGCGUCACAGAGAGCAGGUGACUGAUGAGAACAUGGAGGUGGAUCCUGUUUCAGGAGGAGAAUCUGCAGAGAAAGCCAAUCAGGUCCCAGGACAGGCCGACUCCGACCAAUCAGGCGAGGAGGAACGCGGUGACCUCAUCCAGUUCUACAACAGCGUCUUCGUCCUGAAGAUGAAGAGCUUCGCACUGCGUUACGCAACCCAGGACAACCGGGCCGACGCCCCCCCCCCUGUCCCCGUUCCCGGUGGUCCGGUCUCAGCCUCUGUCUCCUCGCCGGGUGUCUCAGAGACACUCUCUCUACGUUUCUCCUCACAAGAACUCAGCCGGCUGCCUCACGCCGAACUCCUUCACCUACAGGAUCAACAGCAGCCCGUCUAAG